CGCUGGACAGGUCGUGACGUCACUCCUCCCACCUUAUAAAGUCCCACACCUGGCGAAACAAAAGCCCGACCCACGCGCACAGAGAGCGCAGAGGCAGUAAAGAGCAUCUCCGUCUUAAAUCUGCAUCAUAAAACUCCUCUUUUAUGAAUCUGGCCAGUUUCUCCUACUUCUCGUGCAGCAUGUCACCGGCCGAGUCGCAGCCCACGAGCCCGGCGGCGGCGGCAGCUGUGUCUCCGCAGGUCAGCUUGGACUCACCGUCACUGAUCCAUCAUCAUCAUCAUCAUCUUCAUCAUCAUCAUCAUCAAUCAGGAGCUAAAGACGCUGUUCCUGUGAAACCGGAGCCGCGAGAAGGCAGCCCCCGGGCGGAGCUGGAGGAAGUGGUUUCUGUGGGUCAACCUGCCGGCGGCCGGAGGAGGAAGAGGCCCGUGCAGCGCGGGAAACCUCCGUACAGCUACAUCGCACUCAUAGCCAUGGCCAUCGCCAACUCACCGGAGAGGAAGCUCACGCUGGGCGGCAUUUACCGCUUCAUCACGGAGCGCUUUCCGUUCUACCGCGAGAACUCGCGCAAGUGGCAGAACUCCAUCCGGCACAACCUGACGCUCAACGACUGCUUCGUGAAGAUCCCACGGGAGCCCGGGAGGCCCGGCAAGGGCAACUACUGGACGCUCGACCCCGCCGCUGAGGACAUGUUCGACAACGGCAGCUUUCUGCGCCGGAGGAAGCGCUUUAAGCGCUCGGACGUCAGCACGUAUCCGGCGUACGCUCAGAGCGCGGGCGCGUUCGCGUUCACCCCGAGCCCCGCGGCGCGGCAGCCGUAUCCCAACGCCUUGUACCCGGCCGUGACCUCGGGCUACAGCGGCUCUCCGUUACCCGGCUCUCCUCACGGGGCCGUGCUGCAUCCCUAUCAGCCGUCGGCGGGGGUCGCUCACGCGCACCUUCAAGGACAAGGCCGGAUGUUCAGCAUCGACAAUAUCAUCAGCCAGCAGUCCAUCGCGCCCAGCGGCCCCGGAGCCGAACUUCACAUCGGGCUCGGUUCCGGAGAUCUGACCUCGAUGAGCGCGAGCUGCUCGGUGUUACCCGCCACUGACCCAACCGGCUUCCAGACUCAGUCUCUUAACCACACGAAUUUGCUGAGCCGCAACAGCGGCUCCAUGGCGCCUGCUUUCUCAUCCUCAGCCUCUCCUCCGCACCUGACCUCUGCGACGCCGCCCGGUUUCUCUCCCGGUGCCUACUGCACCGGAAGCAGGAUGUCGCGGCCCGGCUCGUGCGCAGAGCACACUGAACAGCUUCUGGGACUCACGGGAACGAAUCUGAACUCGUACAACAAUUCAUAUGUGCGCCAAGCAAACUUCGCAUCCGGGCUCGAGCGCUACAUGUGAUGCACAGAUCCUCCACACGUCACGAGACAGAAUUAAUAUAUUAUAUUAAUGUCUGUAAAAGUUAUAAACAAAAACCAGGAUUUUAUAUGACCAUCAAACCACAUAAUGUCAUGACCUCUGAUGUGCAAACAUACAAUCUGUAUAUAUUUCAUCUUGACAUAUUGCAGUCUAAAUAUGUAUUAAAAAAAUAUGUCUA